GUGCAAUGAAAAAAGUUAUAGUUGAAACAAAGCUUUGUUAAACGCGCAGUCGUGCUCCCGCAUGCAGCCUCAGCCUCCUCCCCUUUACUACAGGAUACGCGCGCUAGUGAAUCAUUCAUCAGUCCAGCGCAAUGCGAGCUGAUGCUCCGAGUUUCUCUUAAAUGAACAGCCGCAUCUGUGACUUCACUGCCUUCAGUUUCUGUUCGCCGGGAUCUCUUCAGGAUGACACCUCUCCUCUGCAACGCCUGCCUCAUCCUGCCUGUUGCUUUACAUCUGCUGCUUGUCCCCAGUCCAUGUUCUGCUGCUGCCACAAAUAAGUGCAGCUCCAUCUAUAAAGGGUUUGCCCACUGUUUGCUGGCCCUGGGAGACAGUCUCUCUGUCAGCGCCCAAAAAGAUGAGGACACGCAGGAGAUCGACUCUAUCUGCAAAUCCUGGGAUGAUUUCCAUGACUGUGCGAAUGUGGCCAUGGCCGGCUGUCCUGAGGAGGCUGCAAAAGUGUGGGAUUCUCUGAGACAAGAGUCCAAAAAGAUGCAGUUUUCUGGUAACCUGUAUGAGAUGUGCUCCAGCCGUAGCCAAUCAGCAGCCGCCUCUGAUUCCCAAAGCCCCGAUGAGACCAAUCAGGAGUCGCUAAAGGGUCGCGCUAGUCAUAAAAGCCUGACCUUUCUGACCUUAUGUUUGCCUGCGCUAUUGCUGUAUUCAUGGAUAUAACCACAUCUCAGGACUCAAAGAUUCAGCACAUAGACAACAGACUGGUUUUGUUCUGACAUUUUCAUAAAGAUCUCAUGCAUUAGGACUAAUUUUAUGUAUUUAUUUAUAAUAUUUAUUCAUUUUAUGGCAUAAAUUUGAUUGUUGGAACAAAAAGAUUGUCAUUUUCAUAAGGACACGUUUAUUUUCAGGGUUAUGUUUUCUUCUUCAGGGUCUUGUUCUGUUAAGUAUGAGAGAAAAAAAUCUUUUUAAAAAUCGAAAGAUUUAAAUGUCAAAACAGAAAUGUCAUCCACAGGAGGACCAAAAUGCACCUGAUGAGGACAAAUCGAAGUUGGCGAAAGACAUUUGCAAUCAUUUGAAAGCCUUCAUCUGAGAGAAAAUGAAGGUAUAUUGCAAUACAUUAUCACAUUUUGUGAGCUACGAGUAUCUAAGCAAUGCGAAGAGCCUUCAAAAAUGUUAUUAUUUCACUCUGUAGUGUAAUCUUCUUUUGUAGGAUCCUGAGAGGAUUAAGUUUAAGGAUUACAACAAAUAAAAGUAAAUCUGAGCAUCACGGCUCACCUACAGGCUUUGCCUGGGAACAGACUUGUCAGACUUUGUAGUCUGUAGUCUGAAUGCCUUUGGGUGACGGGUAAAGCCCAAUUUAUUAAUGAUGGGUUCCUUGUUUGAGUUUAACUAAUAGCACAGCAUUACGCUUCAAUGUGUUUUUGUACUAUAGUCUGUGUCAGUAUGGAGCUGCUGUUCAUUUGAUGUUGGCCAGAAUACUGUGUAUAUAUAUUGUACAGUCUUACAUUAUACAUUCCUCAUAGCUAUUUUUUUUCAGAGAUGUGUGUUUGUAUUGACGUAAGACAUGAUGGAUUAGCUUAAAAAGGAUUACUUUAUGAUGGUAAUAUAUAGAAAAUAUGACCGAUAUGCUGUAAAGAAGAGCUUAUUUGAAUGAGUAUAUUAUCUUGGAGUGCAUAAUGAACAGAUGAGGCAAAUCAGUGAAGGUGAACAUAUUAACAUCAAUAAGAGUAAAUUGUGAAUGAUUAUCACCAUAAACAUGAUAUAUACAAGGGCUUUUCACACUGGUGGUUAUCAUCAUUUACUAAUUUUAACCCUGGGCGUCGGUGGAUUUCACACUUUUAAUUUAAAAGUGGUUUUGUGGUAUGAAAAUCCCAUGUAAUCCAAAUUAAAUGUUUGGCCUUUUAUUUGAACGUGUUAGCCUUAUGAAUACCUAUGUUUUGGAGCUUAUAUACUCUUAAUCAGUGACAGGUUAUAUUGAGAGAAAAAACCUUUAAAACUGUUACUUCAACCGUUUUCAUGACAUCCCUCAGCAUGUCAGCUUCUCGUCAGCUUUCUUCUAGAGUCUGAAGCGCACAGCCUCCUAAAAUUAGGCUUAGAUUCAAUUGUUCGCAAUCCCUUGCUGCUCAAAAUGCGCUUCUGUUUUCCAGUUAAAGUGAAAUGACAUCACUUCUGGGGACAUUUAACCCUUCAUUUUAGUGCCAAACUUGUGCAGUGUGAAACAUUUCAUUGUAAUCUUACAAUGCAUUAUCUCAUGCCUCAAUUUCACAUGCUUUGUAUAGUCAAGGAACACUGUGCAGGGUAAAUAAACAGUAUAAACGAUUUUAUAGUAUAUAGCUACUAUCACGUUAAAACAAUUUGUGCAGCAAAACAAACACAACUUGUAGCUCUACACUGUGCUUGUUGGUCACCAUCAUGAUGGAAAUUACUUCAAAUGUCUUGCAAAUUUAGAAUUCAGUUUUUCAAUUUGGAGUAUCAUUUUUUUUAAGUCAUUUGGAAUAAUUUAACGCAAUGCCUCACGGAAGUUUAUAACUUUUUGAUUUGCUGGAUAAAUUGGCAGUUCAUUCCACUGUGGGGACCCCAGAUUAAUAAAGGGACUUAGCCGAAAAAGAAAGGAUGAAUGAACUCUCAGAAGCAAUUUUUUCUGAUAAUAUAGUUAUGGUUCCUCGUGAGAUAAGGCUGGAAAAAUCCUACCUCCAAGAUGGACUGCAGAAUAAAAAUGUACAACGCAAAUCAUCCAGGAUUAAUUGUUAACCCUGUCCUUGGGUUAUUUGUGAAGCAAGCCCAGCAGGUACAGGACGUCAACAUUAUGUUAGAUUGACGUUGUACCCCAACAUUGUUGGAACGUUGCAAUUUGGGUGGAAAUAAAAAUCUGGUUGAUGUCACAACUCAGUGUCAGACCUAUGUCAAUGUCCAAUGUUGGACAGACUUUGGAUUUUGGUCACUUUCUAAUGCAACCUAAAAACAACCAAACAUCUAACGAGGUUACAGCUUGACGUUGUGCAGAU